AUGCACGACGCACCCAAUCCAGUAAUCCACUUCUCCAACGACUCGCCAUCCGGCACGGCAACGAGGUGCCUUUGCCUGGCUCAUGGUCAGCUACCCGUUCGACAGCCAGCUUCGAUCCGCCGACCCGGCAUUGGCCUUCUGUACCCCGUACAACCCAUCGUGAUUGACGGGUUGAAGUCUUGGACUCGGUCCAUUGGCAAAUCACCGUUGACUCCCCUGUCUGCCGAGCUAAAUCCACCCCCGGACAUCAGACCUCCCAUCCAUGGACCUUAUGCGGACCUAUGCGUGGUUGCCGUCAUGACAUAUGCAACUGCACCUCUCCCUCCGAGAGCUGAGCGCAUGGAUGGCAUGGUCAGUUGUGGAAGGAUUCAGAACGUCGUCGACCUUGGCCGCCUCGUCUCUUGUUCGAUCCAGGUAACCACAAUACCAUACCUUCUGUGUACAGGAUGCCGGGUACACGGAAAGAAUAAGGUGGUUGUGGGUGCAGCACCCCAGUGGCACAUGGGGUUGCCCUUGCUUUGGCCAGAACAAAAGAGAAGGGGAGAGACCGAGAGAGUACAAAGGCUUUGCAUGGGCCGUGACGAUCCAGAACCCAGCCUUCAGGACGGGCCAACCCAACUGCACGUCAGAAUUCACCGUGGUAGCAUCCAACACCGCUCUCGGGACAUGAGAAGGGAUGGCAAUGGCUUCAAGCGCGAGCGCAUGAUCGACAUAUCACCCGGGGGUUUGGGGAGACACAGCGGAUCACCCGAAGCCUUGGACAAUCGACCUCAGGGCGUGUUGAUUCGGAACGAGACGGCCAAGAGGGCCGCCAAGGUCGCCAAGGCAUAUCCAAAUCCCCCAUGCAGCGAUCAGGCUGGGGGGACCCUUCAGCUGAGAGGCGGAGUUGAAAAACCGAGGUGGCCCCCGUUCGACUGCCCCUUGCUCAGUGCUCAUCCUCACCUCUCGCCAACGACGGUCGCAUUCCACGGCAGUGCUUGGCAACGUCCUGUGACUUCGCCCCCCGGUGCGACGGCGACUCGCUGCCAAGAUGAUCACAGCCAAGUUAUGAACGAUUGCUGUCGCGGUGGAGGAUCGGUCCCGGGGGUUUCCGGGGUCCGGAGCAGCAGCGACCGACCUGUCCGCCCUCCUCCACCGUCCACACAUUCCUCCUCCUUGCCUGCCCAGUGCGACUGGCCGCUGGACGAUCCGCGUUGA